AUGGAUAAGGAAAUUGCGGAGACGGUUGAAGACGAGAAGACAUGGGAGGUGACAUGGGGAACAUUUGGGAGAGAGAUGAGGAAGGAAGGCUUUAUAGCUGCUCCAAUGGUGGCAGUCUCAGUGUUGCAGUAUCUUCUGCAGUUUGUUUCCAUAAUAAUGGUUGGGCAUCUUGAUCAGCUCUCCCUCUCUAGUGUUGCCAUUGCCAUUUCUCUCACCAAUGUCACUGGUUUUAGCCUGCUUUCGGGAAUGGCUGGUGGAUUGGAAACACUAUGUGGGCAAGCAUUUGGAGCAGGACAAUAUCACAAACUUGGAACUUACACUUGCACUGCAAUGCUCUCUCUUCUCUUGGUGGGCUUGGGAAGCAAAGGUGCAGCCAUUGCCUUUAGCAUGUCCACUUGGUUGUAUGUGAUAUUGCUGUUGUUCUAUGCCUUAGUUUCUUCAGCGUUUGAGAAGACCCGUAUUACAUUUUCUAUGGAGUCUCUUCUCCACAUUCGACAGUUCUUUCGCUUAGCUGUCCCUUCGGCUGUAAUGGUUUGCCUUGCAAUCUCUACAUUGCACUUCACCGUAUCAUACGGAUUCGGAGCUGCUGCGAGCAUUCGGGUGUCAAAUGAAUUAGGAGCUAAUAAUCCACAAGCAGCUCGAGUGGCUGUUUGGGCUGCCAUGUUUCUUUCUGUCACCGAGGCAAUUAUUGUGAGCACAACUCUCUUCUUCUGCCGCCAUGUUUUGGGGCAUGUUUUUAGUAGUGAGAAGCCGGUCGUGGAUUAUAUUGCAGUCAUGGCACCUCUCAUUUGCCUCUCAGUUUUUAUGGACAGCUUACAAGCAGUUCUUUCAGGGAUAGCUAGAGGAAGUGGAUGGCAGAGUAUAGGGGCAUAUGUGAAUCUUGGGGCAUUUUAUCUAGUUGGACUUCCAGUGGGUGUUGUGCUCGGAUUUCCUCUACGCUUAAGGGGGAAGGGCCUUUGGAUUGGAAUUGUGGCCGGAUCCGUUGUGCAAUCAGCUCUUCUUGCUCUUAUCACUGGUUUCACCAAUUGGUCAAAACAGAAUAAAUGCCCCUUGAACUAUUAA